GCAGGUCUGCUCCAGAGCUACAGAGAGCCAAGUUUGGAGAGCUGAGAGGGACUCUUGCUCAACUUGACACAGAAAGCGGAGAAGCGACCAGGCAGAGAUCAUGGGACGGCAGAAGGACCUUCUCUCUGCCAUCGGCUUGAGGCUGCGGAUCAGGAAUAGACUUAUCCGUCAGGCCCUGGCUGAGUGUCUGGGAACCUUGAUCCUGGUGGUAAGUGGAUUUUGGGGGAGCAAUGGGCUUGGGAGACAGGAGAAGUUUUGGAUUUAUUGUAUUGCACAGACGUAAGAGUCCAGAUUCAGAUUCUCAGAAACGUUGUGGGAUAGUUUGCUGAGUGGUGAUUCUGUGUGAUCCUCAGAGGUUAAAAAGGGUUUGGCAGAAAUUUUGGUUCUGGAAGACCCUCUUGCCUCUGCACAACUGCUUUUAACAGGAUGUUUAGCAACAGAAAUUCCCCUUUCCUUGUGUCCUGGUGGAAAGGGUUGUCUUCAGAAGCUAGGGAGGAAUUGGAAAUAAAACACUUUCAAAGGUCAAAAUGUCUUGGAACAGGAAAGGUUUUGAGUUACACAGAACGGCAGCAAACAGUCUUGAAGUUUUCUGUGUAACCUGAAAGCCUGCAUGUUCACACAGCCAGCCAAAUUGACUCUCCAAAAAGAUAGAACUGCAGGCAAGUUUGCAUUUUUUACGAGGUACCCUGUAAUCUCUCCCCGCAGCACCUCAAGCCUAUGAAUUCACGAGCAGAAUUCUAUAGUUAUUAUUCAUAGGAGCAAUGUCUCGUUUUCACAAUAGCCUUGUAAGGUAUGCCCUCCUCAUAAAAUCCCAUUUCACAGAUUGAGAACUGAGUCUAAGUAACUUUGCCAACCUGGUGCUCUCCAGAGGUUUUGGACUACAACUGUAACCAGCACAGACAUAGUUCAAAACAACUGGAGGCUACGAGGUUGGUAGAGGCAGUUUUAGGUGUGAACUUAUACUGUGAAAGUGGCCGCCACUUUUUGAGGGUGCCAACACCAGCAGUAGCUCCUGGCUGAGCAAGCCUUCAGUGGCAAAAUUACGCUUUGCUCUGCAUCGUAAGCGAAAGAACCCCAAGUGCUUGCCCAGUUCGAAAGCACGUCAAAGUGCAAGUAGAUAAAUAGGUACCACUCUGGCGGGAAGGUAAACGGCAUUUCCGUGUGCUGCUCUGGUUCGCCAGAAGUGGCUUAGUCCUGCUGGCCACAUGACCUAGAAGCUGUACGCCGGCUCCCUUGGCCAAUAAAGCAAGAUGGGCACCAUAACCCCAGAGUCGUCCGCGACUGGACCUAAUGGUCAGGGGUCCCUUUAUCUUUACCUAUGUAAAUCUCACAUGUAACUUGCAAUAGCCCAACUUGGCUCCUUUCUUUUCCAAAAUGCAUGAGGCAGCUAUACUGUCAGAACCUGCAACCCCCCCCCCAAACCAAACAACCCCCCCCCAAAAAAUCUUAGGAACUGUAGUUUUUAAGGGUGCUGAGAAAUGUAGCCCUGUGAAGAAAUAAACUGCAGUUCCUUGCAUUCUUGGGAGGAGGAAAGUGUGGUUUACAUGUGCUUUAAGUGUACGGUGUAUAAGUAGCCUGAAACACAGAAUAUAUAUGGGUUGUUGUUUUUUUAAAAAAACUUCUUUUAAGCUUGCCGCUGUGAAAUAGGGAAAUACCAUUGCAGAAACGGCUCAGCAGUUUUUCAAGGCAAAGGCUCCCCAAGACUCUGAGCAUCUGGGAGCUGUUGCUUAGCUGCAUCCCUGUUUUAAAAUCAUAAAAAACCCAGAGAAGUGGCUUCCAGAUGACCUGCUCCUUGAGCAUUCCUCCUGAUUUGCUUGCCCAAAGUCUGCUGGGUAGAGAGGUGGUACGGCGUCAGCCGUUGAUGGAGCAUUUGUUCUGAAGUGUUUGCAGGGAGGUUAGACAUUGUUGCAUUAAGUGAGCAUCAUCCUGUGCUUUCCAGUGCAUUUUCCUCCCUUCCCUUCCCUCGUCUCCAAAAACCUUACCUUUUUGCGGGAAUCGGACUUGUUUUGCUCAAAUGGCACAACGUUAAUUUGCUGGCAGGUGACUGAAAACCCACCUGAAAAGAGCGGCAGCCUGGAAUUGUCUAGAGAUGGGGAUUCUGUGGAAAGAGGUUGUCUGAAAACCCCCGAUGUGUGUGGUUUGUGUGGUCAGUGCUGUUGGCUUUCCUUGUUGGGUGUGGUGGGUGUUUUCAGAGGUGUGUGUGUGUCUGACUUGCCAUUGUUGACACAAAUGUUCACAAUUAUCACAGCCCCAGUUGACUGCUUUGCCUCUCUGCUGGGAAUGUGAGAUUGGUCUGAAUGGGUUUUACUUUGAAAGAAGGGAUAGCUGGCCUAAGAAUGCCUUACUUGCUGCUGGUACCUCGGCACUUAACUGUUCAAUUUAUAGAAGGUCUAACAUUGAGGAAGCUCUUUGAUCGAACUCCUGGGAUCUCUAGGAAGGGCUAGAAGAGAUCUGAAAUACUGGAGAGCUGCUGUCCAUUUCAGCUUCAAAUUCCUCCUUUCAGCUCGCUCUGUCCUCACCCUCCAAUGUGCUGGAGGCUUGUCACACUCACCAAGCACUGAUGCAUACCUCAUUCCAAAAGCUGGAGAGAGAUUCCCAGCUAUCAGGACCCUGCCAUUCUCCCCCAUCGGCCAGCUCCCACCAGCCACCGGGUAUUAUUCGGUAACAAGCCCUCCUAAACAGGAAUGUCUGGUCAGAAGCGCUAAGAAUAAAAUUAUCUUCCAUCUACCCCUGGGCUGAAUUCCUGAAGGCCAGAGGUCUUGGGCUGUUGUAGCACAACUCUGCGGCAGAACCCCUGUCAUUUCACUGCGACCUGACUAUACCUUUUCCAUCUUCUAGCUUCCACUCCAUUGACAGCUCCCUCCUACCCCUCUCAUUUUAGCCAUCUAUUACCGGCUGCAAUCGAUUUUCAUCAGGCACCAGCUCUCACCACUGUACUGCACUGUCUUGUUGGAAACCCAGCCAGAUGGGCAGGGUAGAAAUAAAUUAUUAUUAUUAUUAUUAUUAUUAUUAUUAUUAUUAUUACACCCAUGCAAAUCUGCCAUCUUGUACAUGGCAAUUUACUGGAUAACUUUUUAAAAAACAAAAACAAAACCCAAGCAGACAGGCCCCUGCCCCGCAAAGGUUACAAUUUAAAGUUUCACAGUAAUGUGGGAUCAGACAACGGAGGGACGAGAAGGAUGGAAAAGGCAAUGGGUAACGAAUGAUUUCGUGAGAAGCCUUUGAAAUGGCAUUAAAGAGGGAAGUCACUGUGUAUAAUUUCUCUAUAUGUAUGCCCAGACUUCAGAGGGAAUGGGAGGAGCUGUAUGUUAAGAGAUCCUUCAGAGGGCUGGGAACGAGGAAGCUUUUUCAAAGUGUCCUGAAGAUCAUCUGAUCUGUUCCCAAGUUCAGCUUGCGUGGCGCAACGCCAGAGAAGCCCUUAUAGCAUUUAGCUGAGGGAAAACCAGAGCUGUAAAUUUAAUUGAUUAGAGCGCAAUCCAAACCAUGUCUCCUUAGUAGUAAAUCUCUUUGAAUUCAACCGCGGGGCUUACUUCCGGGUAAAUGGGGUUAGGAACACUGCCUUCACUGGUUACAUUAAUCAGUUAGGAAGACCUCUCCAGGGACUGAAAGGACACCUGGAGGAAUUAGCCAAAAGAUUCCCUUUCAUAACGUAUUGUUUUAAAUGUAAAUAUUUAUUUUAAAAUUGCAUUAUUUUAAAUGCAAGUGUUUAUUAGGAUGCAUGAAAAUGUGUGCAAAUUUAAUUAUUGGACAGUCCAACCAUAGCUGUCAACUUUCCCCUUUUUUAAAGGGAAAUUCCCUUAUUCCGAAUAGGAUUCCUCGCAAGAAAAGGGAAAAGUUGACAGCUAUGAGUCCAACCCAAGGCAGUUUACUCUGAAGUAAGCCACACUCUGUUCAGUGGGGCUUCCUCCCAGGGAAGCAUGCAUAGGAUUGCAAUCUUAGACUGAAAUCCUAGGAGGAGUUAGCACAACCAAUGCACCAAAAGAAUGCAGAUCCAAUACAGAUCUAAAAGCUGCCUUUCCUCCCACCCCCAAGUUCCCCCUCUAUUGUACUGGCUCCUUCACUCAUUCACUUCACAUCCACUUUGCCCCAGGCAGUGGUGAUGAUCUGCACCAUGAUGGCUGGUUGUGGGCUGGGACUGGGAGCUUCUCUCGGCGGCUGGAGAAAACCUUCUGGGCUGAGCCAGGAGCAACUUUCAGGCUGACCAUUAGGUCCAGUCGUGGCCGACUCUGGGGUUGCGGCGCUCAUCUCGCUUUAUUGGCCGAGGGAGCCGGCGUACAGCUUCCGGGUCAUGUGGCCAGCAUGACUAAGCUGCUUCUGGUGAACCAGAGCAGCGCAUGGAAACGCCGUUUACCUUCCCACCGGAGUGGUACCUAUUUAUCUACUUGCACUUUUAUGUGCUUUCGAACUGCUCGGUUGGCAGGAGCUGGGACUGGGCAACGGGAGCUCACCCUGUCGCGGGGAUUCGAACCGCCGACCUUCUGAUCAGCAAGUCCUAGACUCUGUGGUUUAAUCCACAGCGCCACCCACAUCCGGAGCCUUUUAUACCUUGGGCCAAAGUUCCUUCUCCUCCUCUGGGGGCCCAGCUUGGUGGGGCUGAGGAGCAGGAAGGGGGAAGAGGAUGGCCGUGGGGUGUGGCGCCCUGGGCCAAGCAGGAGGCCCCCAUAGCUGCUUGCCUCGAGGAGCCAUCAGGCCCCAGCUGCUCUCUUUAUCAGCUCCUCGCAGGCAGCAGGACCAGGCACUGAGCACACAGCCCAGGAGACGCCCUGGAAGCUCACAGCCCAAGAGCCAUUUUGCAGGGGCAAAACACACCCCACAGACCCAUUUAGACCCAUUGCACAGAUGAAGGCACAAUGGGAGCAGUAAGGGAAAUGUCCUGGGUGACACAAAACCAGAGCUCCCCUCAACGAGCCCCCAAAAGGGGGUGUCUAGGAUUGGCAGGACUCUGGGGGAAGAGGGGCUGGAGUCUGGCUUGAAAGAGGGGGUCAGUGGUUUGUGGGGAACUGGGCCGGCCAGGAAGCAAGAGUGAGAGGCAGGGGAAGCUUCAGAGCUGGAGGAAGAGGAGGAAGAAGAGGCAAGGCAAGGGCCAGGGGCUUCCUCACCUCCUUCUGCAUCUCAGUUUCUCAGCACCACGAGAGGACUGAACAGGAUUAUUGGGGGUAAAUUAUCCUUGCAAUUUCCACCCAGAGACAGGAGGCAAAGGGCUUCACUCGCAGUUCGUCUCAAUACAAAAAUCUCCAAAUGGGUCCGAACUUCAAUGCCUAAAACUCCAAGGAUCUAGAGAUCACGCUAAGGGUGGCCAAAUUCUGUGCAACUGCCAUAAAACUCAGGGAACAAGCUGUCCUACCAAAAUGAUUAAGGUUUUAAACGACAAUUUUAGGUUAUAUUUUAGUGAUCAAGGUUUAAUAUCUAUUUUUAAUUGCCGCUUGUCUGAAUUUUCUUUGUUAUACCCAAUUGCAGUUCAAUGGAUUCCUGUUGUGAUUUUUGAAUUCCCUGAUAUUGUAAGUGAGCCGGAACUGGUCUGUGGCCGUAAUAAUAAAGUUUAAUUCAAUUCAAUACCUGGCUCUCGCUCUGGCAUGGAUUGUGGGAGGCAGGGAGGCACUGAGUGCAAAGUGCUUUGCCUGCUGGAAACCCUCCUUAAGAAGCUGAGGUUCUCCUCCACCACCAAUGCAGAGGGACUUCUGAGUAAACAUGUAAAACUCUGUGUGGUAAUCUCAACUGGGGUUUCUUAAAGCCUUAGUGAGAACUUCAGCUUUUUCUGCAGUGAGAACUUUCACUCCUGUACGCCUUAGGGAAUUCCUGCUUCUCAGAAAACGCUUCCAUCAGUGCCAGGUUUAAGAAAUUAAUCUCAACACGCCCUGCAAUCAUUCGAGAUCCAUAUCACAUCUUCAUUAGAGCAAAGAAAGCCUGCAAAAGCCUCCAGGUGAAACAGUCCCCCUGCAACGCUCCAGGGAUUUGCUUUCAACAAGGAAACUGCUUCCAUCGGUGUGUUUUUAAAUGAGUAAUAAAAUAUAAGGAGUGCGGAGCUACAGGAAGAUGAACUUUAGCAGGGACUAGUAGACUCUUAAACAUCUGCACAAGAGGCAGUAACUGUUGGGCAAGGUCUCUCUACCUGGAGGGCUUGUUAUCUACCUGCUGGUACACACCCAUCCGGCUCGACAGGGCGGGGCAGUUGAGCACGCAGCAGCCCCAAUAAAAUGGGACCCAAACCCCUGGAAGGAAAGAGAAAGUGGCCACUUCGAGAGUGCCAUAAACUUGCAAAACAGCAAGGAGAAAUGUCCCGUUGCAAAAGCCGCCUUGUUGCGUGAGGCCAAACCAGAGCAUUACGCACACAACGUGCAAUUUUGUUGCCUUCUGCUGUGAUCUUGAUCUGGAUGCAACUAUGCUGGAUAUUUGCAUCAAUAAGAAAGUUAUAGAAUCACAGAUUUGUAGAGUUGGAAGGGACCCUGAGGAAUCCUAGCUGAAGAACUCCUGACAGAUGGGCCAUCCAGCCUCUGUUUCAAAUUGAAUGUUUUUAAAUGAACCCACCACCUUCCAAGUGGGUCAGUUCCACUGUCAAAUGGCCCUUGCCACCAGAAGGUUCUCCUCAAUAUUUAAUCAAAAUCUCCUUCCUUGUCAUUGGAAUCCGUUGUUUGAGCAGCUGUGCCUGCGUGGGAACACCAGUGCAGCUCUCUGAAGGACUUGCUGUGCUGAGUUGCAACUACAUGGGUACAGACCUUACGCAUCAGUAGGACUUAUGAUAUUGCACCUCUCUGAGGGUCUUGUGCUGUGCAGCUGAUCCCUAACCUCUUCUCCCCUCAAAUCUUGGGGUGCUGGCCUGUUUGCUUUGCCAGAUGCUCUGCUUUGUUCUCUGGUGGUGAACACUAUUCGCUUCUGAGCCAGAUGCAGGGAUAAAGUCCUGCCUGGAAGUCGCUUCUUAAUCCGCCGCUCUCUUUUCCUGCCUUUGCUAAAGUGGUCCAGAUCUUUUGUAGUGACAUCUGGAAUAAAGUUUUUUUUUAAAGGGGGGGAGAGUUCAAAGGCGGAAGGCAAACAUCUGGGAUUUCCCUUCCAACCAAAGCUGCUUGUCAUUAAGACAGUGAUCUGAAGGUGGCUUCUUAACACAUAGGAAGUUGGAGGCACUGAUGCUUCCGAAUGCCAGUUUCUGGAAACCACAAGAGGGGAAAUUGAGCUCUUGGGCUUGCAGGCAUCUGGUUGGCUACUGUUGGAACAGAAUACAAUUGGCCUGAUCCAGCAGGAUCCUCUCCUUAUGUUCUUACGAUAUGAUUUACCGUAUUUUUCGCUCUAUAAGAAGCACCAGACCACAAGACGCACCUAGGAAAACAAGAAAAAAAAUAUUCUGAAUCUCAGAAGCCAGAACAGCAAGAGGGAUCGCUGUGCAGUGAAAGCAGCAGCAAUCCCUCUUGCUGUUCUGGCUUCUGCGCAGCCUGCAUUCGCUCCAUAAGAUGCACACACAUUUCCCCUUACUUUUUAGGAGGGGAAAAGUGAGUCUUAUAGAGCAAAAAAUACAGUAUCCCAGACUUGCUCACACUCAUGCCAUUUGGACUUUUUACUGUGGUCACAGAGAGAUUGAGGCAUCUCAAUCAAGAGCAGAGAUUUGCGCGUGUGCGCGCGCGCAUGCACACACACACACACACACACAGAGAGAGAGAGAGAGAGAGAGAGAGAAGUUUUCUCUCCUCAAUUUAGUCCCCAGAUCCGAUGCACUAUGACAGCUUCAACCAUCCUGGUGGUCUCCAGACCCUCCAUCUGCCCUGAUUUCCAGGGACAACCGUGGAAUUACAGAAGCCAUCUCUGUUUGUGAUUUCAUCCCCAAAAGUCCUGCUUUUCGAUGUCCCUAUUUGCACUGAAGAAAUGUUGGAGAGGAUGCUAUCAGCCUCAGCCAGCCUGGCCACAGGAGUGGUAAUCAAAUACACCUGGAGGGCACCAGGUUGGGGAAGAUUGCAUUGUGCAGGUGGCAGGCUUUGAAGGUUUUUCUUCCAACCCAUCCUCUUCCAAAGGUUAAAGAAACUCGCAGUUGUACUCAAAUCUGCUUACUUUAAAAGAGAUUUUCUUUUAGCCAAUACGAAAAGGUUUGCGCUUCUGUUCACUUGCACCAAAGCCCCACCUCCUGAAAUGACUUGAGCAACACAGCAACGCAGGAAGAACACAGGAAGCUGGCUUCUUCUGAGUUGCGCCAUUUAGUUCAGUAUUGUCUGCACGGACUGGCAGCAGUUAUCUGGGCUUUCGGGCAAGGUUUUCUCCCAGGCCUCUUUGGAGAAGCCAGGGAUUAAGCCUGCGACCAUCCGCAUGCAAGGAAGAGGCUCUGCCACUGAACUAUGGCCUUCUCCAGCUGCAACACACUGACCACCAGCAGAGAUUUGCAGAAUGUGUGCUGCAGCCAUCACCAGUGGCAAGCAAAGCCCUCUUGUUCCAGGGCGCCAGAUUUUUAAACUUUAAGGUGAACUGAUCUCCCACCUCCUCUUUGCGUGAAGGGAUCUCGUCGCUAGGAGCUCAGAACCUCUGUUCCUUUAAACGUCAGCCUUUCGUGUUUUUAACUGGGUGUUUGUGACGGAUUGCCUAGCUGACUGAUUUUGGCAGGUUGGAUUAGCAUUCGCUGGUACGGUAUUUGCUGUUGUUUGCGCACCGCAACAAAGGAGAGUUGUGAACAGAGGAGGCUUGGCUGUUCUCCAAAAAGAGCAGCUCUGGAGAAAGGCAAACGCAGAUGGAUCUGCCCCAUGGGGGCGCUCUCCCUUGGACAGUCCUCCUGUCAAUCACCAUGGAGGGCUCAUCCACACUUGCAUGUGGCCCAUGUUUUAUUCUCUUUGUCCCGAAUGAGAGGUUUUUCCUUCGCCUUGCCGCUUUCCCAGGGAAAACCCACCGUUUGCUGCUGAAUCGGAACAAAUGUCAAUCUUCAGAAAACCCGACUGAUGUCUGUAAACAGUGGGCUUUCCUGGGGGAAAUGGGUGGGGCAAAUGAAAAACCGCUUGCAUGGGAAAGUGGAAUUGUGGAUGAAGGAGAGCUGUCCGUUCUCUUCCUGAUGCUUUUUACGUGGAAAAACACUCUGAUAAAUUGUGCUCUAAAUUGUGCAAAUGGGUGGCACAUAAUCUGGGGUGCCAUUUAGACUUUGCACCCCAGGCUCCAUAAAUCUCUGGGCUGACCCCUACCCUGGGACAAAAGUUUCCUGUGCGCUUUUAGCAUAGCUGUCAACUUUUCCCUUUUCUUGCGAGGAAUCCUAUUCAGAAUAAGGGAAUUUCCCUUAAAAGAAGGGGAAACGUUGACAGCUAUGGCUCUUAGCAACAUUGGGCUCAGGAGGAAAUAAGUUUCAAGAAAUGCAGGGUUUUGUGGCCUGUCAGUCACUCCUUUUAAUCUCCAUCUCUCACCUUCCACUAUGUGGGGCCAUUCUCUCAUUCAAGGUCUCAGAGCCUCGAGAUUUGACAAAAGCCUUGAGCAACUCCAACUGAGCCAGGUUUCAUUGUUCAAAAGAAUCCAGUUUUCCCGGAAGCUUUGAAUCGGCCCCUGUUGCUGCGGUUAAGGCUGGUUUGCAAAGGCUGUUUGCGCUUCAUGCUUCGUCGCCUUGACCUCCCUCGCAGGGAAGUUGUGACUUUGGGCGAUAACAUUCUUUCUGGGCUAGUCGAACAUACACACUGCAAAGACUUGUGUGUGUGUGUGUUUGUCCUAUACUGAUUCAGAGGUCAUAGGACAAAGUUAAAGGACAAAUAACCCUUCAGAGCUUUUUGCGUCCGACAAGGAGCAGAAAAACAGAGAGAGGGGGGAAAAAAACCACUUUGUCUGUUUAAGGAAGGGGAGGAACCCUAAUCAUAAGGGCAAACAGAGGACUAGCUUGCAUAAUGCACAAAUAAAAGUUCUUUUCUGUAGGCAUGCUGAUAAACUUAUCCAUUAUGCUGUGCAUACAGCGUACUUCAAAAUCACUAAAGUCCACAUUCUGUGCCAAGCUAAUCGAAACUGCAGCAGGAAAUGUGGAAUCCUCAGCCUGUUAUGACUGAAGAAAUUCAGCUGUGUUGCUUGGUUAUUCUACUGUCUAUCUUGAGAUAUUCGGAUUGGAAGCUUUGCUAAUGUAUAUGGCAUGUGUGCCAAUCAGAUGGCCGGAUCCUGUGUCUCAAAUAUCAGGCUGAUUCCUGUGUGCCCAGUGAAUAUAUCUUUGUUUUAUACCCGGCCGUCGAUUCUGUUGUCAGCAGCUGUUGAAGCCCACCUGCCAUGUGGGCUGUGCGAUAAUGUGGCAGAAUGAUAAUUCAUUCCAAGCUGAGCCAGGCUGCAGUUCUUGGAUGUGUUUCCCCCCCUGGUGCUUUUAGUGGGACUGAGGAUGCAACAUUGUCUAGCCUCCCUGAAAGUAGAGACAUUAAGCAGACCUUGUCUGAUUUUCCCACAAACAAGUUAAGGUGAAUGCUCAAUACACAAGUGUCUGGAAGUACCCUAGAAUUUUUGGAUUUGUGAAGAUCUGCAUGAUUCGUGGCUCAGCAGAUUGACACAAAUGUUUUUCUACUUCUGAAUUGUGAUAUUUUGGAGGAUAUUUAAAUCCAUAGCUCUAGAUCCAACCUACAGGCUACUAAUCAAAACAACAAGAUCAACAAUAUAUUUAAAUCCAUGUGAGAGAUCAACUUCUCUUAUGGCACUUUUUGUAGUGCAUAGAUGCAAAAAAAGGAAUCUUGGUUUGGUUUUGAUUUUAAAUCUUCAGCCUGCCUUCAUUCCAAGUUUGCAAAAGUUGCGCUAGCCAGCAAACCAUCAGCUAAUUCAAUAGACUCUCUUGCCCCACCUGCAUGUUACAGGUGGGCUGUCCUUCCUUCAUCAUUUUCAAAACACCACUUAUAAGCAUUUAAAAAAAACCUAAACAAAAACAACAACUACCCAAAUCCCCCAACGAAAUCAGAGCCAACAAUUUACAUUUUGGAAAACUGCUUCAGGACAGUAGGAAUGAUUUAGUGACAUCACUGCUUCUAGCCAAUCAGUGCUGUGCACAACCAACUUCCGCUGUAAACACUCUAAACUGGGUUCUCCUAAGCUCAGUUUAGGAUGGAAGGUUAGAAUGUGGUUAGUGAACAUCUGCAGCAGGAUCACCUCUUAGAAUGCCUGAAGAAUAGAAAGGGAAAUCACUGGAUGCCUUUCAUAAAGUAAAGUUAUACUUUGGUGCUGCUAGAGGAUGUGAUCCACCAAACUGGAUUUGACCAGGAUUUUUUUUUUCUCCUUUUAGGUGUUUGGUUGUGGUUCAGUGGCCCAGUCUGUACUCAGCGGUGGAAAAAGCGGACAGUUCCUGACCAUCAACCUGGCUUUUGGUUUUGCUGUGACUCUUGGAAUUCUGAUCGCUGGACAGAUCUCUGGUAUGUGUCUGAACUUUAUGAUAGGACACAGAUUUGGCCACAGUUGACUAAGGACCUCCCAUUGUGGAAUUUAGGUCCACCUGAAUCUUACUGUCUGUGAGUAGGUAUUCCCUGUACCUUCCAGGAACUGAGAGCAGCACUUGAAGGCUGCAGCCAUGGCUCACCUACUUGGGAGGAAACCUCACAGGAUAUGGACUUAACAUGGAUUUAUCUUAUUCUAAAGCAGACAUGCAUUUAAAUUUAAGUCAUGUGUGAUGAGAGAACUCUUGCGCAGUAGCUUACUUUGCAUAAUUGAGGCAGGGGUUUAUGUGGUUUAAAUUAGACAUAAAUUAAACUUGCUCCAGCUUUGCAUUACCCUGAAACAAACUUGUCCUCUUUCGAAGAAGCAACCUUUGCGUCAAGACUUUGACAUGCUUAGUCAUGUCACGAGAAGGAUCCCUGAUCCUUGGAGGGUUGCACCACCCUUGCUGGUCAUUGACCGUAUUAAAGAUAUUUGAUUUGGUUGCACCACCUACGAGAUGUCCCCAGUAAUAUGAGCAGCCUUAGAACCAUAGAACUGUACAGUUGGAAGGCUCACCUAGCCCAACUCUCUGCCAUGCAAAGCCCUCUCCAUCUUAUGCGUGCCUGGAAACAAAACAAGCGCCCUAACCAUGGCAUUUUUCCACAGGUGCCCAUUUGAACCCUGCUGUCACCUUCGCCAUGUGCCUUAUGGCCCGGGAACCUUGGCUCAAGUUGCCUAUUUAUUCCUUAGCACAAACCAUCGGGGCAUUCCUAGGAGCGGGUAUCGUCUUCGGCUUGUACCAUGGUAAGUGAGCAAGCGCAUGGGUUGAGCAUGUCUUCCCGAGCCUCUGGAACCUGCCUUUCCUUCUGACUUAGAUCUGGAAUGGUAAUGGGGACUUGAAAUUAACACAGUUCCUUCUUAAGAGUUUUAGGACAUGGCAGUUUAAUUCAGGGCAGGAAUUACCGUAUUUUUCGCUCUAUAAGAUGCACCAGACCAUAAGACGCACCUUAUGGUUUUCGGAGGAGGAAAACAAGAAAAAAAAUAUUCUGAAUCCCAGAAGCCAGAACAGCAAGAGGGUUCACUGCGAUCCCUCUUGCUGUUCUGGCUUCUGGGUAGCUGCGCAGCCUGCAUUCGCUCCAUAAGACGCACACACAUUUCCCCUUACUUUUUAGGAGGGAAAAAGUGCCUCUUAUAGAGCGAAAAAUACUGUAUUUUGCAUCAUUUCUCCUCUGGUCUGGUGGGGCUUCUCUUUCCUUUGGUGGGCAGGCAAAGUGAACAGUGUUUAGAUCUUGGCCCUAGAGGGGGAAUAACCCAGUUUCCAUAGAACCUUACAAACCUCAACAUUAGAAUGAGGGAAUCAAGAGCAGCUGCAGCUGAGCUGAAGGAAUACACAUUGAGGUCCUGUUGCCUUUAAUGUUGAGACUUUGCCUAGAGUCUCCCCAGUUAGUGCACUGGGAUUCAGGGAUGGGGAAUUUCCUGUGGUCCUGUUGGAUUCCAACUCCCACUAACCCCAGCUAGCCUGACCAAGGGAUGAUGGGAGUUGUAGUCCAACAACUUCUUGGGUGUGUGUGAUUUUCCUGGUUUAAACAUAGAUGAAUUUUUUACCACAAUAGCCAGCUUUGUUUCUUAAAAACAAAUAAUUUUUUAAAAAAACCAACCCUUUGGGGGAGCACAGGAUCCCCAUCCACACUGUAUCCUGUCUACUGAUGUAUCCCCCCUCAAGAGUAAGACUAAUCUUCACCAUAUAUUUAUGAAAUAAAGAAACUGGGAAUGGUGGCAAGGCCUUGAUGAGAUGUCUACUUUGUUUCCUUUUUUUCUAGAUGCUAUUUAUGACUUUGGUGGGAGCCAGCUAUUAGUCACCGGUGCCAACGCCACCGCAGGGAUAUUUGCUACUUACCCUUCAAAGCACUUGACCCCCGUCAAUGGAUUUUUUGACCAGGUAAGAAUGGGAGGGCUUUUGUAAGGCAUUCCGAGCCAAAAGAGCCCGAAUGCUGUAAGAAGUGCAACACAGAGACAUUUUGAGGUGGAGGAAAACCAGAUUCUCAUCUCUUCCUCCUUCCCCUUCCCCUUCUCAGUUCAUCGGCACAGCAGCCCUGCUCGUGUGUGUCUUGGCUAUCGUGGACCCCCACAACAACCCAGUCCCCAAAGGACUGGAGGCUUUCACCGUUGGCUUUGUCAUCUUGGUCAUUGGAACAUCCAUGGGCUUCAACUCUGGAUAUGCCGUCAACCCGGCUCGAGACUUUGGACCCCGCCUCUUCACUGCCAUUGCUGGCUGGGGCUCAGAGGUUUUCACGUAAGUUGAUGUGCCUUCACAGUAGACCAUGGGUGGUCCUCCAGAGGUUGCUAGACUACACCUCCUACCACCCCUGGCCUUGCCCAUGGUAGCUUAGGCACGUAAGAGCUGAAGGGCUGGUUCUUCAUCCUUGCAGAAAUUGUCAUCAACAGGACUUGUGUUUGUUUUUAUUUAAAUUUUCAUUCAUGAGCAGGGAGCUCGUAAUAAUGAACUUUGGCUUGGGAACAUCACAGCUGCUAUUGUUACAAAGGCUGGUGUUUUGGAGGUGCUAUCACAUAAAUAGCUGCCCUCCAGCCGUUUCAGACUCCAGCUCCGAUCAGCCCCACCUAGCAUAGCCAGCGGUCAAGGACGAUGGGAAUUGUAGUCCACAACUUUGGGGAGGCAUCUGAAGCUCAAGCAUUUUCAGUGGUUUUGGUUUUAUGUUUCGGUUGCUUUUUUUAACUGGGACACGCUGACAGCAACUGGAGACUUUUAUGGGUGGCUUUUGGACUUUGAUCUGCCUUCCUAAAAUUUGGAGGAGCCUUUAAUGAUGGAAAGUUAGUGUCUGAGGCUCAAUAUCCCUGUCAAGACAUAGUCCUGGUCUAUGCGCCUAGGUAGGAUCUGAGGACAAUUUAAUUGCAAGCAAGGCCUUGGCUGACCUCCUGAGAGAUAUUUUUGAGGUUGACACCAUCCAUGGAGUCUCACGUACCAGCUGCCAUUGUGAGAGGGAGGAGUUUGGGAUUGCUCCGUGGUGGAUGGUUGAGUUAUAGAGUGAUAUUUCCCAAUUUUUUGAAAACGUGGAGACAUGAAGCUAAAUUCCAGGUGUCCUUGGACCUCAGGUCUACUUUUAGGGGGAAAACUGAAUUACUAACAGGAGAGGCUGUCACUGGAUGGGGAGUGCUUCCUGGGAUGGGACAGGCAGUCUCUUCUGAGAGGAGAAAUGGGCCUUGAAGCAAUUUUGGAUAGAAUAAAGAGGAGAAGCACACAACCAGAUUGGCCGACCUUCCUAUCUCACCCAUCCAUUUCCUUGUGUUUGCCUCUCACAGGACUGGCAGGGGCUGGUGGUGGAUCCCCAUCGUGGCUCCUUUCCUUGGAGCCACGGCUGGCGUGCUGGUCUACCAGCUGAUGAUCGGUUGCCAUGACGAACCGCCUCAGCACCACCUUCACCAACACGAAUGCGACGAGGAGGAAGCCGUCAAGCUGUCCAAGGUGAAGCAGAGGGACAAUGUUUGAGGCUCCCUGAAGAAGCAUGACCACCCCUUGGUGUGCCAAUGGACUUUUUUUGUUACAAAAACCAACCAAAAAACCCAAAAAAAUAAACAAAGAACUGAUAGAACCAAAAAGAAGAGAGCAAGACACACAGUUAGGAAUUUCUUCUCCUUACACCCAUCCCCCCCCCUACUUUGCCUCUGCUUUCCCCAAUUGCUACGCCACCCUUGGUUCAUUUGCUUUACAAAAUAUGCUGUAAGCUUGAGGAUUUGGGGCCUCACUCUGGCUGCACUGGGGAAUAGUGUGCGCCACGGAAGUCAUCAUAGCUGUCAACUUUCAGAUUCGAAAAUAAGGGAUCAGCAGCCUCACCUGUCCCGGGGAUAGUCUACGGGAUAGCUAACAAUCUGGGAUAGCAGCGGGAAACGGCGCUGGAAUAAGGGAAUUUCCCACAAAAAAAGAGGGAAGGUUGACAGCUAUGGAAGUCAUUAAAGCGUUAAGGCCUUCGAAGCCUGAAUCCUACUUUUCCCAAGUACCAACAACUCCAAACCUCACUCUUGGCUCCCUGACACCCCCUUUGGCAAGAUGCAUGCAAGCAGAUAUUGAUGCGGGAACACCUUUCUAAAUAGUUUUGGGGUGACCAGGUGGGUUAGAGUUAGGAAAGGUAUUAUGCCAUUGCUGCCAUUGCUCCACGGGACAAAUCUCUGCAGGCUGGUAUCAUCUCCUGGCUGCCAAGGUGGGGUUACGGGCCUUGCCUGGCCAAUCUUUUCCUCAGAACAAGCUAUAGCAGAGGAAAGAUUUCACGGGCAGGAGUGAUUUCGAGCUCCUUUUAGGGAUGGGCAUGAGAAACCACUGCCUGGAACGUCAACAGAAUAAAAAAGACGAGGCGUUGGGAGAACCUGAAGGAAAUGUUGGUUUUCAUAGGGUGCAAGAUUCAUUACAGAGGCUCUUUGCCGCAUCAAGCUUUGUAAAUAAAAAGAUGUAACGCCUUGUUAUGUUCUGUCACAGUGUCCGGGCUUUGAAAAAUGUGUGUGUGUGUUAGAGAGAGCAUGUAAAUUGAGUUUUUACUUCAGGGUGUUUUAUAUAUAUAUAUAUAUAUCAAUGCCCCUUUACACAUAUCCCUAGUUAGUGAGUUUUCAGCUCCAUUCAUGCCAGCUACAAUUCUACACACUUGAAAUCAAGAAGCAUAAAGGCCCUUCACUCUCUUGUGGUCUUUUAUUGCGAUAAACACUAAUUCCACCCUAGGCACUCGUUGCAGAAAAUGUUGGGAUAAAAUGGUGCCUGGAACGGUGCUGAAUUUAUGGCGGUGCCGGCAGUUUCCUCGCACAGGGAGCUGAGCCGAGAGCCCACAAAAUAACAAUAAAUAAAUAACAAAUUAUUGUGAAAAUAAUAAUUUUGAGGGGGCGCUGCCAAAUUUUGUCCUCGCUCAGGGCACCAUAUUGCCAAAGUACGCCCCCGCCAGGAACCUGGAAAGCCAGGAACCUUGGUCCAUCCGCCAAUUGUCUCCACUGAUUGGCAGCAGCCUUCCAGGACACAUUCCCAGCCUUAGCUGGAGAUGCCAGGAUUCGAACCUGAUUCCUACGUGACUCCACUUAGCAUUCAUGCCUAUGACACAGAGGCAUCCCCCGCAGGACCCAACAUGGGAGACCUUCUCCGUUUAGCAAAGCAGAGUGGUAUUACCUGUUAGGUUCACUUUUGGGAUGCUCAGAACUGGGCUUCCUCUCACCCUAAGGCUGUUGUUUUGUUGCAUGACUCCAAUUUAUAAGGCAACCAGGCGUCGCUAAAAUGUUUUCAAUUGUGAUUUUAAAUAAUGCACGGCAUUCCUUGGAUCGGAACAUCGCCCCUCUUGUGGGGGGAAUUCCUUCCUGUAAGGAAGGGUAAAAAAACAUCAGGCGUGUGCUUCCCACCCAACCCGAUUUGAUGCAUAGCUGCAGUCCGCCGUGUUGCUCCAAUACAAUUUGUAAUGUCUACACCAUUUGUAAUGUAUUUCCAAUUUGUCUUUGUUUUUUUAAUAAAAAUAAAUGCAUAUAUAAAUUGUCUCA